GACAGUACCGUGAAAUGCGGGACAUACCCCACGGACUCGAUCGACAAAUACACCAACCAAACGGUAAACGUAUGCUUUGAAGAGCGUGUGUGUCCGGUGGGCGGUGUCUGGCCGUACCUGUUCUCCAUCCAGUACUUCAUUUUCCUUAAACUGGUACUCAUGACACUCCUGUACGCGCUCUUCGCGGCCACCGCUUCCCGCCUGCAGACCGAAACGGACAACAUAUGGAAAUAUCAACGCUAUAUUCUGGUCGUGGACUUCGCCCACCGGUUGCCACUGCCCGCCCCGUUGAACGCUUUUUACUACGUGUACUUAGUCCUGAAGUGGCCCUAUCGGUGGGUCACGUGUUACUAUUGCUGUCGACGCGGCGGCGGCACAGAUACCACGGAUGGCCGCCGGCAUCGCAAUAACGUGAUGCUCCCGAUGUCGGACCAGUCGGACAAGUAUUGCGAGAACCGUCUGACAGAAGAGGACUACAACUUUUGGCGCCAUUUGGCCCGAGAGUACUACCGGAAGGAAGAGCUGAAGGGAGAGGAGGCAAACAUCGCGAAGAAGGAGUGGGAAGCCGUGCAGACCAUCACCGAAGAGAUUGAACACGAGAAGAAAGUGCUCAGACAACUG